ACGCUUUCUGUCUUCUGAAUCCACUGUAAUUUUCUUGCAUAAGGUACUUCCAAAUUCUAUACAAAUAAUACCCACAUUUUAACUUUACUGUUCAACCCAAUCCAAUGCAAUUUCGAGGCUUUAACGCGUAAUUGAUAGAUAUUAAUCAAUUGAGGCAAUACAGCUAGCUAAUCUGGGUCCAUUCCCCACACCGAUGAAACGUAUUCCGAACUCUAACGAAUCAUUAUUCUUCUGAACCAAGAUUCUACCCAAUCAAUCCUCAACAUAAACCUCUUCACUGACGUUGCCAAACUCUACUGUCAAUCGCUCGUCAUGAAUACUACGGGGGGGACGCGCUUCUUUACACCCUUGUGCAAAGGACUUUCUGUUCUUCUUAUAUCUGGACACAUUAUCGUUCAGAUCGUUCCAUCUGCUGUUAUCUAUCUUGCACUUAUUCCAGCCAGGACUAUUCCCUUUGGUUGGAAUCUCAUAACAGCUGGUUAUAUUGAACAAUCCACAUAUGGGGUGGUUCUCAGUAUUAUUGGUCUCCUUGUUUUAGGGAAGCUGCUAGAACCCAUAUGGGGUUCCAGGGAGUUCUUGAAAUUCAUUUUUGUUGUGAACUUUUUGUCUUCUGUUUGUGUUUUUAUAACAGCUAUUGCACUCUACUACAUUACAAGGCAGGAAAGUUACCUUUAUAUGCCUGUUUCUGGGUUUAACGGUAUCCUUGCUGGGUUUUUAGUUGGUAUCAAACAAAUUAUACCAGAUCAAGAACUAUCCUUGUUGAGAUUGAGGGCAAAGUGGCUGCCUUCUAUCAUGUUAUUGGUGGCAAUUCUUUUAAGCCCUUUUACAGUUGAAGCAGUGACGUAUCUUCCGCUUAUAAUUUUUGGAACAUAUACGAGUUGGCUUUACUUGAGAUACCUACAGAAGAAACCAGAGACUAAGAUUCGUGGUGACCCAAGCGAUGAGUUUUCCUUUUCGUCAUUCUUCCCUGAAUUUCUUAGACCAGUAAUUGAUCCCAUUGCGUCAGUAUUUCAUCGGAUACUAUGUGGAAGAGAUGGAACUUCUGGUGAGGAUAGGGAAUACAUUUUGGGUGUCACUGACUUGCCUGGUUCUGAUCCCAUUGAAGCAUCAAGGAGAAGGGAAAGAGGUGCUCGCGCACUUGAAGAGAGAUUAGCUUCUGAGAGGGUAGUGGGCUCAGGCGAUAGAGUAGAAGAUUCAAACAAGGAUGAUAUGCUGGUUAGUAAUGUUUAAUCUCCAUAAACCACACUUACUAGUUACUUGUGUAAGUUUCUACCAAGAGAAAGUUUAAUCUUUUGUAUUUCUGAUUAUUUGUACAUACAUUAUGGCGGCAUAUUACAUAUUUAUACACAAAAUAUGAUUAAUCUAUGAAAGAAAUGUUUCAAAUCUGCAAACCAAAUUUAUUUGGCCCAUUUAUUUGAUUUGCCCAUAUUUAGCAAGUUCUAUUGGAAUUGGAUGUUGAAGAGGUUUAUUGUUCCUUUGUUUAUGUUCUCAUAUAUGAAGUGUUUUUUCGUUCUC